GCUUGCAGAAUUUCGAAUGCUUCACUUAUUACACCCAAAAAAAAAAAAGAAAAAGUGGGGCAUUCCCGAGAUAUGUGGGAAAUAUGCCUUUUCGCGGCGAAAUGACAGGGGCCUGUUGUUGUUAAUGAAAGCAUCAGGCCUUUUGAGAGCAGCCAGCCCAGGUCGGACGAGGAGGUGUCGUGUACUGCUCUGCUGGCGGAUGAAGCAUUUGAGAAAAUGGCAGAGAUUUUUAGCAAGCGAGGAUGAGAAACUGCAGCCAGCCACGGAAAGCUGUGGGGUGGGGGGAGGUGUGGUAAUACUCAAACAAGAUAAACGCAAAAAAAUGCAAAGGGGAAAUGGGUGCGGGCGUUCACCUGGGUCGCAUCGAUUUAAAACGCUUCCCCAUUCCGACCUCUUGCGGAAAUUUCGGGCUGGGAACAGCUGUUCUUUCUCUAUGAUAUUUGCCCGUUCCCCACCAGAAUCUCGACACCGGUCUCAGCCUCAAUGGCGCUUGGAAACACCGUCGUAUUUGGAAAUGGGAAUUUGA